AAGAAACAGGUCCGGGACCACCAAGGAGAACCACCUACAAACCAGGACGUGGUGGAGGAGGUGUUUCCCCAGACCUGCCCCAAGUGGGACCCCAACACAAGCACAGGAUCUGAAGCCCUUGCCAGGCUUUGCAGGUGGUGCGAGGAAAGGCCCUACUCGCCAUCCGGAACGUGAAACCUGGAACCCAGAGGGAGGAAGGCUGGGACCAGAUCACCCCCCUGUUCGAGCCUGGUGAUUCCGUGUUGGUGAAGAAGUUGCAUCCUGAUCAUCUUGAGGCCCGGUGGGAAGGACCGUACACCGUGGUCCUGAGCACACCAACCGCUGCAAAGGUCACUGGGAAGUGACAUUGGAUUCACCACAUACACCUGAAGAAGUUUGCUGUGGACCCCCCAGAGGGAGACGGCCAGAGAAGAUGGCACGCUGUAUUUACCACGAACCCAAUGAAGAUCCGACUGGUCUCGGACUAGUCCUGGUGCUCCUGUUCUGCUUUGGCUGGAGCUCCCAAGCUGACCGACCCUCAUUCUCCUCCCAAUUUGUGUGGAAGCUGAUAGGCCGCGAUGGGAAGGUAAUCGUUGAAGACCCGCUGAUGGCCCCCCAGCCCUUAUUCAUUUUUGACCUUUGUGACUUAUUCGGCCCUAAUUGGGAUGGGAGGAACUGCUCCAGCUCUACUACUACAGAUGGAGGGUGCAGCACCAUAGAUCGAGAGCGCCGCCUUCAGGAAAAACCAUACACCUUUUGCAACAAGGAGGACAGGCCCACUUCCUGUGAGGAGGAAACGCAUUACUUUUGUGGAGACUUUGGAGAAUCCCCUCCGUGCAUUCCAGCCUGGGGGUCCAUCACUGACCCACACAUAGAGUUCCUGCGAACAGAUCGUGGUACUGGGGGAACUUGCACCUUAGGAGACUGUAACCCAAUGACCAUAAGAGUAAAAGACUAUGAUAAUUUGGACACAUGGACAAAGGGUAGAACGUGGGUCAUCCGGGUGAUAUUUACUAAGAGGGAUCCUGGUACCAACUUCACCAUUCGACUGGAUGUGCUGCCACGGGCUCAGGACCCUAUUGGACCUUUAAGGACUACUCCUUCGCUGCAAGUUACCCUAGGCCUGGACAGCACUGUGAAACCAAGUACCACUCACCUGACUGACUUGGGGGCUUGUCACCCGAAUGACUUAGGUCCCGUUCACCCUAGAGUGAAGCCACUGGUAAGGUCCAUGGAACUAAUGUACCACCUUUUAAAUGACUCUGCCCCGAAUGUGACCCGUGAUUGCUGGCUAUGUCUGCACCCUGAACCCCCUUAUUAUAUAUGUAUAGCUGCCAUUGCAGAAGUGGGCACAAACAAGGGAGAUAUUAGGAAACUAACCCUUUCAUCAGGAAACUUAAAUAGCCCAGAAUGUAAGUGGGGAACGCAGCUCCACCAAGUGACCUUAGAGGAUGUUCAGGGGAAAGGAACCUGCCUUAUCACCGCUAACUAUAAACUGGAUGCUUCCUCAAAUUGGGGCCAUUGCACCCAAACUAUUAGGGUUAGCAAGACCCAAGAAUGGGCAGUCCUCCUAAAAGCCCUGGAGGGAACCUGGUGGGUCUGCACUUCAGGUAUAAUCCCCUCUGUUUACCUUUAUGGGAUGGCCAGGGAAGAGUUCUGCAUCCUAACUCACAUCCUGCCCCACUUGUAUUAUGCGCACGGUGGGAGGGGAUGGGCGCACCUAGAGAGGCAGGAAAAUGGUCACCUCUGGCCCAUGAGACAGAAGCGCGCCCCAAUAAUAGUUCCCAUACUUGCAGGAGCAGCAAUCGCAGGGUCAAUAGCGGUAGGAGCAACGACCCUAGCCAAGGAAGAGACCAUGGUGAAAUUGGACCAACAGGUAGAUCAGGAUUUAAGGACAUUAGAGGACUCUAUGGAAGCCCUUGAAGGGUCGCUAUCCUCCCUUGCCGAGGUGGUCCUCCAAAAUCGUAGAGGACUCGAUUUGCUAUUUUUAAAACAGGGAGGAUUAUGUGUGGCCCUUAAUGAGGCUUGUUGCUUUUAUGCCAACCAUUCCGGGAUGGUGAAGAAAAAUUUAAGCGAGGUCAAGAAAAGGAUAGAAGAUAGAGCCCAGAAAUGGAAGGAGUUGAGCGAGGGCAACUGGUUCAAGGGCAACUGGUUCACAAACAGGUUUUCAAAUCUAUUCUCCUGGCCCUCUUGGGUUAAGACAUUGAUCAGUACCAUAGCUGGACCCCUGAUUACCUCGCUCCUGAUUAUCACCCUGGGUCCCUGCUUAUGGAAGACUCUGGUAUCAAUGAUCCAGAGGAGGACUAGAAAAGUUAUGCAUCUUGAGGAGGCAGGAGGAUAUAUUGAUUACUUUGACACAGAAGAGGAAAGAGAAGAAGAAGAAUCAAGGAUUUGAUUUUCAGCUAAGACUAGUGGGGAAUGUGACAGGCGGUAACAAGCUGUUACAUAAAAACCCCCCUCUCUGAGAUGCAUCUAAGUA